GCCUGCCACAUUUUUUUAAAACGAGUAUCUCCGAGUCGUGGGAUUAUCUGUCUGAGACAGUCACAGAGGUGGAUCCAUGACAAAUCCACCAACGAACACCAGUGACUGUGUGGUAACAGCCCUGCUGCAGACCAGACCUGCGGCUUUUUAACCCAUACAGGGUUCAAGUAUGGGUUUGUCAUUCCUUUUGGUCUUGGCUGCCUCUGUGAUCCUGAUCAGACCGGAGACGCCUGUAACCAAGGCCCUACAUCAUAACUCUGUGGAGUGCUGUGGAGAGAAGCAGAAAGUGAACAAUUCGUGCUCUAAUGACACUCACUGUGAACCGGGUUGCUUCUAUCGUUUGCUGGAGAACAGCAACGUGGUCUGCAUAUUCUGUGACUCUGCAGCUGUGGAUUUGGAGAAUGUAACCGUUUGCACAUACAACUACACAUUGGAGCGUAAAAACCACACAACAGUAACUACUGUCAUUCCUAAAAUUGGAGGCCCAGGCGUGGCGGCCUCCGUUCUUCUGGGAACUCUGUUGAUCAGUAUGUUUCUCAUUCUCACUGUUGCCUCCUUUUUCUACCUCAAACGCUCCAACCGGCUGCCUGGUUUCUUCUACCGGCGAAACAAAGCUUUUAUAUUUCAACCAAGUGAGACGGCAGUUAUGAUCCCUUCAGGGAGGAAGCAAAGAUAUGUGAGGAGGGAGCGGCCCUCAACGCGAAACAUCACCACGAUCCCCACCUCAGCUGCCACUCAGGUGCAUAAUUUGUAGGAGGAGUGAUGGGUUUGGUGCAGGUAGGGAGGAAAGCUCAGGAAGGAUCUGAAGGAAGACCAGCUGACUCUGGGAAUGUUGGCUAAAUUAAACUACUGCUGCUGCUCCUGCCUUCGUAUCACUAAGGCUGACACUGUUUGUGUUUUUAACAAUAACCUGUCGCACUGAUACUCUGAAUUCACUGGAAAAUCACUUCUUUUUUUUUUUUUAACUUUUUCUUCCAGUGAAAAUCUUUAGAAUGACUUCAGUUUUUAGUUGACACACUGUUUCCCCAAUUUUAUUGGUUCAUCCCUACUUCCCGAUUCUUUUUGUUCCCCCAGAUCACUAUAAUAAAUUAAGUGCCAAGUAUAGAGAGGGGCAUUGUAGACCCUUUUUCAGAGUUGGCUAGUUGUGUUUGAAAUGCUUGAAAUAGUUGAAAAUUAGCUGCUUAAACCAGAGAAAAGCCUGGUGUGUUGCAAACAUAGAAAAACUUUUCUAUGUUUGCAACACAUUUUAAAAUAAGCUGUUUUUAAUCUGCUGCUUCUGAAUAUGAGCUCAGCAGCUCCAUCUAAAUAACUUGGCAUAUAAUAGUUACAUUUUUCCUCUAAAAGGGUUCGGCAGCUGCAAUUUUUGUGAAGCAAACUGACUAACAUUCUUUUUUCUUUUUUUUUUUCUUUUUCUACUGAUCCUGCUUGUUUUUGCUUCUGUUCUUGCUUUGUGCACUGAUUUUUAUUGCUUAUAUAAAACCAAUAUUGGUCUUCUGGUGGGUCAGAAUUCAUCAAGGAAAAUUCCAAGAGGCACUGUAUGGAUCAAUAUUUCUAUCUUUUAAUUUUGUAAUUUGCGUUGUUGACAUUGUAUUUAUUUUUGUAACCAACUGAGGUUUAUCAUGUAUUCUAGUUGUCAUGAACUGCAUUCCACUGGCUUUCAUAAUCAUAAUAUUUAUAAGGAUAUUUAUUGAAGAAAUCAUUGUAUCAAAUUAAACAACUGAAUUUGUUCUGCAAAGUUCAGUUUAGACUCAAACUUAUAUUUUUAAAACGUAACCUUUGUUACGUUUAUGUGCACUUUAAGGUACCAAGCUUAUGAUGAAAAUGUGCUUUUUAAUAGAAAAACUCCAAGUAUCUUACCAAGUAUAGCUGUUUUCUUGUUGUUUUUUCUCCAGGAUGCAGCAAUAUUUUUUCCAUCAUGAAUUCUGUUUGCCUAAUAUUUAAUUUGCCAAAUAUCAGAAGGAAAUAGCAUGAUAACAUUACUGUGAUAAUUGUGCCAUUAUGAGCUUUAAACACAGCUGAGGAGCUUUUGAUGAUGAUAUAUCUGUGAUGAUUUUGAUUUUUGAAUAGUAUCCAGUGGCCUUUACUGUAUCUCUACUCCUCAUCUAAGUCUGCUCUGUUUUAUUUUGACAACCCUAUGGCAGCCAUGUGUUUUACUAUUUCAAGUCACACAAUUGCAGUCGUCACUCCUUAGCUAUUCAUCCUUUUUGCUACUUAUGGCAUUUGUUGUACAGUAAAACAAAAGCUUGAUAUGUGCAUAUAUUGUUUUUAUACAAAUGGAGUGUUUUUGUAAUGUCCUUUUUUUGUUUUAUUGCCAUGAUAAAAGUUCAGAAGAUGUAUAAUUUGCAAAAAUAAAUCUUUCUCUAAUCAAAA